GCAUUGCCCGCCGAGCGAAGCACGCUGUUUGCUCUGUUUCAGAGCAGGAUGGGUUCGUUUAUUUUAUACCAAAUUUUUUCAUCUGGACACAUGGCUUUACACGGUGCGAUUAGCCAUACGCAGAACAACGCAAAGAUCGAAGAGUUGGUGCAUGCGGCCGCGUAUGUGGCGUUCGGCACUCCAGCCCUACGCGAUCGCAGGCUUGCUCUUGGCCGCCACGAUGCCCGCAUCCAAGAAUCAGUAAGAACACGGGCAAGGAAUAAAUCACGACUAGAUAUGCAACACCCACCACCAAAAGGCGUCUAUCGCAAAGCUGCAUUCCUCCUGCUGCUCCAGUCGCGUCGGCAAGAUCCACGCGAUCCUGCCGAUCUCCACGCCAACUUUUCCUGUUCCUGACGCCAAUGGCUAAUCAAAGCUGGUCUGAACGUGGUGGCUGGCAACCACCCAGCCAUCGCUCAACCACAGCAUUUUUCGACGACAGCACAUAUAUAUGGCGACUUUGGUCGCGUCGAACCGAGCGAUUUUCCAUUUACUCCAAAGACUUCGGCAGUGCAUCCUGACACUGUACUCCUUCUCUACCUGUUGGUGUCCGACUCACCUGUGUGCUCGCGCCCCUGACCCCAGGGUGACAGUGUUUCACACUUCCCCACAUUCACCUUGUCUAUAGAGUGCAUUAUCACCAGGCUCGUCCAAUCGACGUCGCCCAAAGCCUUCGUUACCGCUAACAUGGCACACGCGGCUGCUUCGGCAGACUCUCGCGCCAUUCCUCAUUCUCAUGCGAACGCCUGCAGGAGUUCAUCUCCCUCGUCGCGAUCUUCGAGCCCAAGGUUUAACAUCGCAGACUUCGAGCGCUCAACUCGACUGCCACAUUCUGCGCUGACGGCCGCCUCCUCAAGGGAGACGUCGUAUGCUUCGCAGGCGAACAUCGACGACUUGGAUUUUGCCAGCAGCAGCACCACUACAACCCCCGCAUCUGCGAGCACCGCGCUUGGCCGUACCUACGCCAAGGGUCUGAACUCUUCCUUCCUCAAGCGAUCGGCGUCGAAGCUGCUACAACGCCGUCUAUCGACCUCGAACCUGCCCAUCACGCCUCCGGCUUCGCAGCCCGGCUCCGGAGCCAGCUCGCCCACGAAGUCUCUGGCCAGCUUCGUUACCGGCGACAGCAGCAACACUUCCAACACAUUAUCCAGCAGCGCUAGCAAAGCCAGUGUUAGAGCGCGCAGUGCUUCGCGCGUCAUCUUUGACAACUACUUCAACGGAGAUUCGAACAGAGUGCAUAUCGGUGUCCUAUCUCCACAGCAGCACGCGCGAACCUAUUCCGUGCCUGUAGCUCCGUCGUUCUCCCGUGAGACGCUUCCCGCUCACGAGGACGGCUACGAGCCGGAUUGCGAGACAAAUAUGAGUACAUCUUCUUAUACUCGCUCUCCACCGAGGAUCCGCCCGCGUAGGAGUCCCACCGCGGAGAGUGGCUCCUCGACUACGUACGCCGGCAAGAUUGGCGCCUGGUGGAACAGCACCAAACAGGCAACCCUUGCACCUAAGUCGUCCACUUCGGCUUCGUCCGCACCAUCUGCAGCGCAGGACCCCGCGGCCGAUGACCCACUGCUCAGCCUGUCCGUCACGCAGGCUCUUUUCCCCCACGGCCCUGUCGACCCCCUCAAUCCGAGCUCCUUCAACGACCUACUAACUGCGGCCGAGGCAGUUAUAUCCACAUAUCAGAAUGCAUAUGCGCAGCGCGUUGCGGAAUUGUCCUUUCUCCGUUCUGAGACAGCGCUCAAACAAGAUGAGCUUGAGGAGUGUGAGACCCGGGCGCAACACUUGAAGAUGCAGCUCGUGGACUUGAGCGAGCAGUGCAACGCGCAGAAGGAGAAGGCAGACCUGCUUGAGGGUAUGUUAAGAGAUAGGGAAAGCGAGGCCGCGUCGUCGGCGGCCGUGGCGCCGGACGGCACGGCGAUCUGCCAGUGUGGGAGCAGAAUCAGACUGAGUGAGCAGGAAGAAGGUAAAGCAAGCAGGCAGCGGAGGGGGCCAAGUAGUCGGGCAGGUAGCGAUUCCGGUUUUGAAAGUGAUGGCGACAGCGUGUUCUCUGCCCAUAACGAACACCAGAACGAUACGGCGGCGACGGCUAAGGGCAAAAUGCUUCGACAAUCACCACAUUCUAGUCUCCACAUUGCUAAUUACACAUCGCAUCCUGCGUAUUCGAGCAGCGGCAAUAGCGAUCUGCGACGCGAGAACGAAUUACUGCGAGCGAGGGUUUUGGAACUCGAGAGUGCCGUAGAGGGCUGUUUGGGCAUGCUGUCGAACCCGCUUGCACUGUAGAGAACAGGAGUCUUCUUUCUCUUUCUUUUCUCCCGCGUUAAGUGUAGGCUGGGAAUUUUCUGAGAAAUUGCAUAUACCCCCCAAAAUCAAAGGUCAAGGGCUUUAUAGACAUGUGUAUAAACCGGGAAUCAAAAUAUCUUGCCAUGCUACAGCCAUGUUCUUCUCAUCUUUUCUUCUCAUGCUGUGAACUUUUGGGCGAUGAGGAGCUUUGUUUCUUGGGUAGAAGGAGUAACAUUCGGUGAAAGUCAACCUUUUGGCAAGGGGAAAGGGAUAUACAUCGCUUUUCGGACAUAAGAACUCAUUGCCUUUGGGAAGAUUGCUAAAUUGUUACGCUCAGGAGAAUUUCGGGACCAUGUCACAAAGCUGUUUUGACAGAGUCCCAUCCGAGUAAUCGUAUGGAGAAACGGAAACACAAUGCUUUUGUUGUCAC